CUUGGGAAGUGGUAGAGCUGUCCGGAUAGCAGCUGCCUUGUCGCUUUGUCGCAAACCAUCUCUUGCACCCAACACACCUCACAUCGCCAUGGACAACCCACAGCAAGGCUCUCUGAGCUGGCGACUAAGUUCGCACCCCAUCACCCUCCUCUGCUUCCUCGGUUUCCGCAUCGCCAGUCUCCUCGUCUACCUCUUCGGCCUCCUCUUCAUCAAAAACUACGUCCUCGUCUUCAUCGUCACAAUCGUACUUCUCGCAAUGGACUUUUACUACCUCAAAAACAUCGCCGGCAGGAGAUUGGUGGGCCUCCGCUGGUGGAAUGAAGUCAACGUACAAUCAGGCGACAGCAAUUGGGUCUUUGAGUCGGCGGACCCGGAAACCAGACAUAUCAAUGCUACGGACAAGAGAUUCUUCUGGUUGGCGCUGUACUCGCAGCCGGUCAGUUGGGUGGCUUUGGGUAUCGUUGCGAUUUUCAGAUUCGAGUUUAUUUGGCUCAGUUUGGUUGUCAUCGCCAUCGUCCUUGCCGUCACGAAUACCCUCGCCUUUUCUCGCUGCGACAAGUUCAGCCAAGCCACCAAUAUCGCGACCGGCGCCUUUUCUGCCAGCGGGCUCGCCAGCAAUCUCGGCGGUGCUAUGAUUGGUCGUUUCUUCAGAUGAAAAGCUGGGUUUCAAAAAAUGACUAUUUUUUCUUUCUCUCGUCAUCAUCGUUGACCCGCUGUUGCAUGCUUGCAUAUCAUUCGCAUACCCCUUCCUUGUUUUUUUGCGUUUCGCAGAGUGAAGAAAGAAUUACAAAAGCUACUUAUAUCAACUGCAUUUUUCGUUUCGUGUGUUUCGUGUUGUAGUUUUAUUUCCCUAAUGCUGUGCUGUUUUUUUGUCUUGUUUGCUUCUGUCGUAUGUUUUCCUUGCUUUGAUGCUCUUUCGUGCUACGUGUUUUGCUGUAGCAGGAAAGGAAUCAAAACCUGGAUCGAGAUCCUCGG